GCGGGCAUAACAUUGAUUAAAAAAAAAUAAUGUCAUGUAUUGUAUUUAUUCAGUAAUGGAAUAAAAAUAUUUUUGUAUAAAAUAUUAUUUUGUAAUAGUAUUUUGAGUUUAGCACUAAGAAAAAUCAUGCAUCUUUCAUAUACAUUUUAAAUGAAAGACAAAUUAUUGUAUCCCGAUACCAUGGGGAUCAUGUACGAGACACGGCCGCUAAAACGGCCUAGACUGGGACCGCCUGAUGUUUAUCCACAAGAGCCUCGUCAGAAGGAGGACGAGCUUACGUCCACGAACGUAAAACAUGGUUUCUCCACAUCACCGCCGUCCAGUGAUGAAUUCGGGACUGCUAGGAACUCCAACUACUCUGCUUCAAAGAUUGGGCAGUUUUUCUCUGGGAUAUUAUUGAAAAAAGAGGAAUUGAACACUCUACCAGACUGUGGGCGGAAGAGACAACAAGUGAAUCCCAAAGACAAUUUUUGGCCUGCAACUGCUCGCACUAAACCUCAAAUUGAAGCUUGGUUUAAAGAUUUAGCUGGAAGUAAACCACUUUCUCAGUUAGCAAAAAAAGCUCCAAACUUCAACAAGAAAGAGGAAAUAUUUAUAACAUUGACUGAGUUUCAAGUGUCCAUGCCUCGUGCUGCCUGGUUUAUAAAGUUAAGCUCAGCAUACACUGUGGCUGUCUCCGAGGCCAAGAUCAAGAAAAGACAGUUACCAGAUCCUACAACAGAAUGGACGACAACUUUGAUAAAGUUCCUAAAAGACCAAAUACCAAAACUAUCUGAAUACUAUCAAAAUGCUGUGCCAGGCAGUGUUUCCGAUAAGACACCUCCAUCACAGUCAGGCCCAGCUACGCCAGGACAUAACUCAUCAGGCAAUCCCCCUGGUGGCUCCACACCUAACAGCACAUCAGUGCCCAAUUCCAUGCACUCUCCAGGAAAUACAAGUGCACUGGGAUCAUCGACCCCUGGGCAAUCGGAAAGCACUGAUUGGAGACAAGCUCUUAAACUGUGGAAUUACUGCUGUCGCCUCGCAAAGUACAUGUUAGACGAAGGACUGUUGGACAGACAAGACUUCCUUACUUGGAUUAUUGAGUUACUCGACAAAAGGGCACCAGAUGAUGGACUUCUCAGGUUGUUCCUGCCACUCGCCCUUCAACACAUGUGCGAGUUCGUCUGCUGCGAGGGCCUGUCUCGCCGCCUCGCCACGACGUGCGCAAAGAAGGCCGCCGCCAUUUGCUCUGUGCUCUCUGAAACCAUUCUCCGCUCGUUGAACCAGCCAGCGGUGUUCACUAAAACUGCUGACGGUACAAGAGAAACCAACGGUGCUCCAUUAUCACCUGCUCCAGAAACGGCAAACGGCGACGUAAAACCGAACAUAGCUAACAUUAAGCGGUCGGCCACUCCGGCAGACCAAAACCAAGGGACGCCAAAUCCGAACCACUCUCUCGGAACUCCUAACCCAAACCUUGGCACACCGAAUCCCUUAGGAACUCCUAACCCCCAACAGCCUAUGGACGUUCAAGUGAAAGAAGAGAAUGUGGCGCCCCCUACAGACACAAAGCCAACCGUGAACACGGUUAUAACAGCAGCGUUAAAUCCUGUCCAAAUUGGCUUCGGGGAGAUUUUGAACUGUCCGUAUCAUAGAGAUGUUAUCAUUCAGUUGGCAACCAUACUGCAGGUAAUCUGCGUGGAAUGCCCAACGGCGAUGGUGUGGUCGGGCUGCGGGUCGUCGCUACAAGGCUCCCCGCUCGACCUGCUGCCGCUCCCGCCCUCCGCGCUGCCCAUGCCGUACAUGGACUGCCACAUGACUGAGCAACAUCGCAGGAUGGUGUACGAAGCAGAACAAGAAAUAUCUGCGCGAAGUAAAAAAGCUGAAAGCAAAUGGUGCACAGACAAAUGGCAAACUAGUUCACAAGCCCGAGUGCUAGCAGUGCUGGAAGCUUUAGACAGGCAUUGCUUUGACCGUGUGGACCCGAACAACAAUUUGGAUACCCUGUACAAGGAAGUAUUUGCCAACUGCACGCCGCCCACCAAAGAUGCUAAUGAUAUGAAGGACCCAGAAUGGGCGGCCCCUUACGCCGUGGUGCGCGUGCUGUGCGAGUGGGCCGUGUGCAGCGCGCGCUGGGGCGAGCACCGCGCGCUGGCGGCCGCCGCGCUGCUGGACCGCCGCCAGCACCAGCUCGUGCUGCUGCAGCACGAGCACGCCGCUGGUUCCGACGACAAAGAAUCAAUCAGCUCAAAUGCAGGCAUGUACAACGGUCCGCCGAUAUUCCAAAAUCUAUUGUUACGUUUCUUGGACAACGACGCGCCAGUUUUAGAUGAAAGUUCAAACGCGCCGCCCGGCAACAGGCAGCAGUUCGCCAACUUGGUACAUUUGUUUGGGGAGCUAAUACGAAGGGAUGUGUUCUCACAUGACGCGUAUAUGUGCACGCUCAUCUCUAGAGGUGACUUGAUUUCUCCAACGGAGCCGACAUCAACCACAGGAGGGCCACACAGCGUGUCCCAACCUGCCAACAGCUCCAACACCAACCACAACAUGGACGACGACAUAUUCGCGGGCAUCGACCUCAAGCCCAAGAUGGAGGAAAAUGUUCGUAUGGAUUUGGACGAUUCCAAGAUCGACGACGACUUAGAUAAGCUUCUGCAACAUAUCAAGGAAGACCAGCAGAAUUCCAUGGACGCCCCGGACAGCCCCAAAGACCCUGGCGAGCCUUCACAUAGUGUUAAUUCGCCAAUGAUGGGACCAAGUGGUAUGUCUAUUCCGGGCAUGCCGUCCAUGGGAAUGGGACCAAUGACUGGCAUGCGAACGACAAGUUCGGGCCCAUCCAGCGCCAGCGGCGUGGGCGCCCCGCACGCGGCCGGCGCGGCGGGCGCGGUGGCGGGCGCCGCCGGCGGGGGCGCGGUGUCCCGCCACUACCACUACACCAUGCACUUCCCGCUGCCGCCCGCCGAGCCCGAGCACACGCCGCACGACGCCAACCAGCGGCACAUCCUGCUGUACGGCGUGGGCCGCCAGCGGGACGACGCCAAGCAUGCCGUCAAGAAGAUGACCAAAGGUCUGUAUACUGACUGCCACCACCACUACACCAUGCACUUCCCGCUGCCGCCCGCCGAGCCCGAGCACACGCCGCACGACGCCAACCAGCGGCACAUCCUGCUGUACGGCGUGGGCCGCCAGCGGGACGACGCCAAGCAUGCCGUCAAGAAGAUGACCAAAGGUCUGUAUACUGACUGCCACCACCACUACACCAUGCACUUCCCGCUGCCGCCCGCCGAGCCCGAGCACACGCCGCACGACGCCAACCAGCGGCACAUCCUGCUGUACGGCGUGGGCCGCCAGCGGGACGACGCCAAGCAUGCCGUCAAGAAGAUGACCAAAGGUCUGUAUACUGACUGCCACCACCACUACACCAUGCACUUCCCGCUGCCGCCCGCCGAGCCCGAGCACACGCCGCACGACGCCAACCAGCGGCACAUCCUGCUGUACGGCGUGGGCCGCCAGCGGGACGACGCCAAGCAUGCCGUCAAGAAGAUGACCAAAGGUCUGUAUACUGACUGCCACCACCACUACACCAUGCACUUCCCGCUGCCGCCCGCCGAGCCCGAGCACACGCCGCACGACGCCAACCAGCGGCACAUCCUGCUGUACGGCGUGGGCCGCCAGCGGGACGACGCCAAGCAUGCCGUCAAGAAGAUGACCAAAGGUCUGUAUACUGACUGCCACCACCACUACACCAUGCACUUCCCGCUGCCGCCCGCCGAGCCCGAGCACACGCCGCACGACGCCAACCAGCGGCACAUCCUGCUGUACGGCGUGGGCCGCCAGCGGGACGACGCCAAGCAUGCCGUCAAGAAGAUGACCAAAGGUCUGUAUACUGACUGCCACCACCACUACACCAUGCACUUCCCGCUGCCGCCCGCCGAGCCCGAGCACACGCCGCACGACGCCAACCAGCGGCACAUCCUGCUGUACGGCGUGGGCCGCCAGCGGGACGACGCCAAGCAUGCCGUCAAGAAGAUGACCAAAGGUCUGUAUACUGACUGCCACCACCACUACACCAUGCACUUCCCGCUGCCGCCCGCCGAGCCCGAGCACACGCCGCACGACGCCAACCAGCGGCACAUCCUGCUGUACGGCGUGGGCCGCCAGCGGGACGACGCCAAGCAUGCCGUCAAGAAGAUGACCAAAGGUCUGUAUACUGACUGCCACCACCACUACACCAUGCACUUCCCGCUGCCGCCCGCCGAGCCCGAGCACACGCCGCACGACGCCAACCAGCGGCACAUCCUGCUGUACGGCGUGGGCCGCCAGCGGGACGACGCCAAGCAUGCCGUCAAGAAGAUGACCAAAGGUCUGUAUACUGACUGCCACCACCACUACACCAUGCACUUCCCGCUGCCGCCCGCCGAGCCCGAGCACACGCCGCACGACGCCAACCAGCGGCACAUCCUGCUGUACGGCGUGGGCCGCCAGCGGGACGACGCCAAGCAUGCCGUCAAGAAGAUGACCAAAGGUCUGUAUACUGACUGCCACCACCACUACACCAUGCACUUCCCGCUGCCGCCCGCCGAGCCCGAGCACACGCCGCACGACGCCAACCAGCGGCACAUCCUGCUGUACGGCGUGGGCCGCCAGCGGGACGACGCCAAGCAUGCCGUCAAGAAGAUGACCAAAGGUCUGUAUACUGACUGCCACCACCACUACACCAUGCACUUCCCGCUGCCGCCCGCCGAGCCCGAGCACACGCCGCACGACGCCAACCAGCGGCACAUCCUGCUGUACGGCGUGGGCCGCCAGCGGGACGACGCCAAGCAUGCCGUCAAGAAGAUGACCAAAGAAAUCUGCAAGCUAUUUUCAAAGAAAUUCUCUAUCGAUGUAGCUGAAGGUGGUAAAAUAAAGAAGCAUUCACGAAGUGAAUUCAAUUUUGAAGCAGUAACGCAGAAAUUUCAGGCGAUGUCAAUGUACGAGCAAGGCGCCGUGUCGUGGGCGGUGGGCGGCGCCGUGUGCGAGUCGCUGGCGGCGUACGCGGCGGGCGCCAUCACGUACCUGCCGCAGCCCGAGCACGUGGCCUUCGCGCUGGACCUCAUGGAGAUAGCGCUCAACGUGCACGGCCUCAUUGAAACUUGUAUACAGAUCCUCAAAGAGCUCUCGGAAGUGGAGAGUGCGUUGACAUCGCGCGGAGCCCCCAGCAGUGGGUUAGCGGCCCCGCGAGCUUACACUUCGGCCUUGGCUCUUUACACUGUGGGCGCUCUCCGGAGAUAUCACUCUUGCCUUUUGUUGUGCGUAGAGCAAACGUCAGCAGUGUUCGAGCAACUGUGCCGGCUGGUGAAGUGUGUGGUGAACCCCGGCGACUGCGGCUCGGCCGAGCGCUGCGUGCUGGCCCAGCUGCACGACCUGUACAAGGCGGCCGCGCAUCUCUGUCACGCGCCGCACGCUGACACCUUCGCCAAUGCUUACCCGAAAAUCAAACAAGCUCUCUACUCGUCACUACAGCCGACGCCCUCCAACUACGUCUACAAUCCACAAUUUCUAAGCGAGUUCUUUACGAACCCGCGCAAGGGUAAAAUUGAAAUAGCGUGGGCUCGCCAGGUGGCCGAGUCGCCGGCGAACAGGUACAGCUUCGUGUGCUCGGCCAUGCUGGCUGUUUGCAGGGAGGUCGAUAAUGAUCGGGUGAACGAACUAGGCGUCCUAUGCGCGGAGAUGACCGCGUGGUGUAGUGGCUUAGCGGCGGAAUGGCUCGGGGCGCUGGUGGCGCUGUGCGGCGCGCAGUACUACCCCGCCGCGCCGCACGCCGCGCCGCCGCCCUUCUACCCGGACCUGCUGCACCACCGCGAUCUGCACGACGCGGCCGCUCAUGACGCGCUCGCGGUCUUCACUUGUAUACUCGUAGCUCGCCACUGCUUCUCACUGGAGGACUUCGUGCGACACGCCGCACUGCCUUCGCUGGUGAAAGCGUUCGGGGGCGCCGGUCUCAACGGGAACCCAGCCAAUGCCCCGUCUCCAGAUACCGGAGCCAGGCUGACUUGUCAUCUACUGUUGAGACUGUUUAAAACUCUCGACACGCCACAACCAGGACUGUAUUCAGUUUCAACUUCCCCUGGCCCCGGUAGCGGGGGCGCGGGCGUGAGACUGUCAUGUGACAGACAUCUGCUCGCCGCUGCGCAUAAGAAUAUAGGAGUUGGUCCUGUUCUUGCUACACUAAAGGCUAUUCUUAUGCUUGCGGAAUCUCGUGCAUGCGACGGCGACAAACCAGGCGACAAAAAGUCGUGUGAACUAUCACACAUUCUGGGAACGAGCGACACCGGCCCCACUGAUGCGCAACUGGACCUUAUGUCGAUGGUAGACUCAGAGAUGAGUGGGGGCCAUAGAACGCCUAGAGGUAACGGCGGCGUCGGCUCAACUCUCUUGGAUUCGUCGCAAUCACUGUCGUCGCUGGCUCGACGCGUGCUCGCUGAGAUCUGUUCCGAAGAGUGGGUGCUGCAGAAAUGUCUGCAGAACCCGGAUGAACUGUACCAGCCGGAUAUGCUGCUUGACUCGAUGCUGACCCCAAAACAGGCUCAAAGGUUACUGCAUAUGAUUUGCUAUCCUGACUCAGCGAGCCAUACUCAUCCCGAUCUGGACCAGAAGACUAUGAUAACACGAUUAUUAGAGAAUCUGGAGCAAUGGUCUCUCCGGAUGUCAUGGUUGGACUUACAGCUAAUGUUCAAACAAUUCCCGAACGGCUCGUCAGAACUGAGCGGCUGGCUGGACACCGUGGCGCGAGCAGUCAUCAACGUGUUCCAGCAGCCUGCCCCGCCGCCACCCGAUAAAGACAGGAUGGGCACAGAUCGCGGUGUAGUGAGCACAAGUAAAUGGCCCGAAUCGGUGUGGUUGGUGGCGCCACUGGUCGCCAAGCUUCCACCCGCAGUUCAAGGAAGAGUUCUGAAACAAGCUGGACAAAUAUUGGAGAGCGGUUGGGGCGCGGGCUGUAGCGGCAGCUGCUCGAGCGGCAGCGGCGGCGGCAGCGGAUCCCAUCGAGACUGCAAGAGUCAUCAGAGUCCCAGUUAUAAAGGGUCCAGCGGCGGCGGCGGAGGCGGCAAACGUGGCGUCAGCAGCAACUGCAGCGGCGGCUGCGGCUGCGGCGGCAGCGCCGUCCGCCUCGCCAACGAGCCGCUGCUGUCGCUCGUGCUCACCUGCCUCCGACACCAGGACGACCAGAAGGAAAGCCUACUAAGCUCCAUCCACGCCCAACUGCAACACUAUUUAACCCACGCCCGCGACCACGAGCGGGCCGCGUGUGGUGACACGUGGCAAGACGAAGCGGCGCCCGAAGCGUUGCAACUUCGCUUCUCACUCGCGGGGGGCAUGUUCGACGCCAUACGACGCUCGUACCAGCUCACUUCCGAUUGGGCAGUGCUGCUCACGCAACUAGUGGCGCAUCAAGUCAUAGAUGCCUAUAAUAACAGCUUAUGCCGAAGCAAUCUUUUCACGACCCUCAUCGACAUGCUGGCAACACUGAUCCACUCGACUCUAGCCGACGGCGGGGAUGACAACAACAGGAAACACUAUCAAAAUCUCAUGAAGAAACUGAAGAAAGAAGUCGGGGAUAAGCACGGGCCGUCGGUACAAGCCGUAAGGCAGCUACUGCCGUUGUCCAAGAACACUAUUAUAGAGGUGAUUGCAUGUGAGCCACUUGGAUGCUUGAUGGACCAAAAAGGAAAUAAGAUAUCUGGAUUUGACAGCGAAAAAAAACAGGGUCUCCGGCUCACAGACAAGCAGCGGGUGUCGAGCUGGGAGCUCGUGGAGGGCGGGCGCAACCCCGCGCCGCUGUCGUGGGCGUGGUUCGCGGCCACCAAGAUCGAGAGGAAACCGCUCACAUACGAGAACGCUCACAAACUACUCAAGUUCCACACGCACAGUUUGGUCAAACCGCUAAGCUACUACCUGGAACCGCUGCCACUACCACCGGAAGAUUUAGAAGCGAACGACAACAAACAGGACAACGGCAGCUUGGACUCGAGUCCCACGGGAGCAGGGAAAGGCCGCUCCCGAUCCGCUUCCGGGAAGAAGAUGAAGAAGGCUAAGGCUGCCACUCCGACGAACGGCAACGGCGUGCCGAACCCCAACGCGGGGCAGCCCGGCAUGGCGCCGGCGGCCAAUCAGCAGCCGCAGUUCAUGCAGCAGCCGCAGCAGUGGUUCCCCACGCCGCAACCGCAGCCGGGGCAGAACUAUUACAACCCGCCAGCUGGCGUAAACCCACGUGGCGUGGCGCCACCGUCCAACACACAGUCGAAGCAGGCGCUUAGCAAUAUGCUGAGACAGCGGCUACCGUUCAACCAGAUGGCACAGAUGCAGGGAAGCGGUUACCCGGGCGCGCCGCACGCCCGCGCACCGUACCCGCGACAAGGCAUGCGGCAGAUGCAACCAAACCAGAUGGGAGUGGGGCAAAUGCAGACCAAUCAAAUGGCACCGAUGGGGGGGAUGGGUGGCAUGGGUCCAAUGAGUCAAAUGGGCGGCGUACAAAUGGGAGGGCAAAUGGGCGCGGGGCAGAUGGGCGCCGCCCAAAUGGGGGGCAACCAGAUGGGCGCCGGGCAGAUCGGCGGCAUGGGCGGGCAGAUGUUCGGCAACCAGUACGGCGGCAUGCAGCAAGGGUACGGGUUCGGGCAGCAGAUGAUGCAGGGAGGACAGCAGCAGAUGAUGAACCAGAGUAUGAGUCAAGGUGGAAACCAAAUGGGCCAACAAGUAAGCUCCAUGGGACAAGGUGUCAGUUCGAUCAGUCAAAACGUUGGCCAGAUGAACCAAGGAAUGGGACAAUCGGGACAAAUACCACAGGGUAUGGGGCAAAUGGGUCAAAGCAUGGGCCAAAUGGGACAACCGAUGGGACAAAUGGGGCAGAUGAGUCAAGGCGGAGGUAUGGGUGCAAUGAACAAUCAAGGCGGAGGAAUGGGACCACAAGGGGGUAACUCGAUGGGAGGCUUUCCCGGACAACAAACAUUCCAACAGAAUAUGAUGGGUGGACGAGCGACACAAGAAGCGUAUUUAGCUCAACAAAGACAAAAUGCCAGACCGCAGUACAUGCAGCAGGCACCCAACGUGACAAUGGGCGGUAUGGGCGGCCCGACCCCGCCUUACCCUCGGGGGAUGCAACCGCAACAAAGCGCGCAGUAUCAGCAACAGAUGACGCAACAACGCAUGCGACAACAGAUACUGGCCAUGCAACAACAACAACAACAACAACAGGGACCGUUGGUGCAACAUCUACAGCGACAACAGUAUCAACAGCCGCCGUACUGAGACUACGAGUACUUUUAGGCGCGACCAUGGCUGUAUAACAAUGGAUGAAACACUCACUUAUGGCUUAAUGUAAACGUAAAAGGACCAUGAGCGCGAACCAAAAUUUCAAUUAUUUUCCAUAUUGAUUACUAUGCGAUUCUUUCAUUUUGUACAGAUUUGGGACCUAAAAUCACUUUGGGUUUUUAUUUUAGGCACUUCAGUUGUAAAUGCAGUUGAAACAUGUUUGUUUAUGAUGUUUGUAGGAUGUUAUGAUUUAACCAUCACUCGAUUGAAAAACUCUAGGAGGUCCAAAGUACGUACGAUAUGCAACAAGAGACAAUUGAUUUAUAUAAAUAUUAUCUUGAUGGGUAUAUAUUUGACUUACUUACAAAAUUCCAAAACAAGGUAAGUUUAAGAUCUCACACAAGGCGAUGAAGUUAAUGAUAGUGAAUAAAAAAACUUUUGACACGCUACAUAGUUUGUGUAUAAUUUUAUAGAAAAUUUAUCUCAGGAAUUUAGUGAAAUUAUGUUUAUUUUAGAUAUUGUAUUUUUUAUCUCAAUCAUUUUCAAUUGUAAGGGUAAAGACUAAUUUAAAUAUUUUAAUUUGUAUUAUUUAAGGUAAAUUGACCAUAACAAUAUAAUGAUAGUAAAUGGUAAAUUAUGUACCUUGCUUUUUUUUACAAUAUUAUAGAACUAUAACAAGUAUCAAUAGAAAUAUCUG